AUGUUCGAUUGUUGUUUUCUUCUAUUUGCUGUGAUCUUCGGAACUAUUUUCGUGUAUUUGAAAGAUCUAUUCACUCCACCAAGAAUUAAAGAAAAGCCAGAGAUUCAAAAAAAAGAUUACAAGAAAGAUACAGUAUACUUAUACCAGUACAAACGUCUGAAAAACUGUCCAAACCUUUCCCCAUUCUGUAUGAAAAUUGAAGUACUUUGCAGAAUUUACAAUAUUCCACACGAAAUCGUUGAAUGUACCACAAUGCGAUCAAGAAAUGGACUUCUACCUUUCAUUGAACUAAACGGUCAACAUUAUUCCGACUCUGAUCUGACUGAGAUGCGAUUGAAAAGUCAUUUCAAGAUUCCAACGCUUCCUGAUGAAUUGGAAACCCAAUCAGUUGCACUCAGCAAGAUGACAUUUUUCCAUUUGUUCCAUAUUAUCUACCGCUACAAAACUUCUGAACACAAGUUUUAUGAAACUAUAUACCAACUUCUUGACAUGCCCCCUACCCUCUCUAUUUUGAUUCUUCCAUUUGUGAAAGCAAGUGUCGGAAAACGGUUUUAUGCCAGGAACGUUGGUGCAAUCGGAGACUUUGAAUGGAGUGAACUCGAUGAAUUCCUUCAUAAAGAUCUGGAAGUGAUUCAGAAUACAAUGAGAGGGAAAUUCUUGUUUGGAGAUAAACUUACAGCGGCGGAUGCAACAGUAUUCAGUCUCCUCGCAACUGUAUAUUAUCCCUUCCACACUCAUAUAUCUGAUGUUCUCGAGAAAGACUUCCCAAAGAUUCUGGAAUAUGUGGAACGUGUUCGCAAAGAAGUUUAUCCGAAUGACUUCACUUUGUAA